AUACAGUAAUUAUAUAACUCGAAAACUCGGUUUGACUAUUGAACCGGGAAAUUGGAAGUUAAAAAAACUAGACAACCGAAGUUAGAUCCGGAUCCAGUGUUACCGGGUUAAUUUAAGAUUUCGGGUCAUAGCGGAGAGCUACCAGACGCAAACGAUGAGAGCGAUCCAGUUGCUGUGGGAAGCGAUAAUGGAAGCGACGAAGAGAGGAAGACGGAGACAAGAUGAAAACGACGGAGAAGAAGAGACCAACGACAAAGCUUCACCGGAAUCUCUUGUUCUUCCUCCAGAGAUCAUUGCAGAAAUUCUUCUUCGAUUACCGGCCAAAUCGAUCGGGCGAUUCAGGUGCGUGUCGAAGCUCUUUUGCUCUUUAUCGUCGGAUCCUAGGUUCGCGAAGAGUCAUCUCGAUCUAAUCCUCCGAAACGAAACCGUGAGGUCUAUCCACCGCAAGCUCAUCGUGUCUUCACAUAAUCUCUACUCGUUAGAUUUCGAUUCGAUUGGAUUUGAAGUAACUAGGGAUUUAGCGGCUGUGGAACUCAUUUAUCCGCUUAAGGACGAUCCGAGCAUUUUCUCAGAGAUGAUUAGGAGUUACGUGAGGGAGCAUCUCUACGAUGGUGGAUCCGAGGUUGACGAAGAUGAUCGUCGUGUGAUGCUUACGCUGAAUGCGAAAUCGCAUAGAAGAAACUGGGUUGAGAUCGUUGGAUCUUCCAAUGGUUUAGUGUGUAUCUCUCCUGGUGAAGGUGCUGUUUUCUUGUAUAAUCCAACCACCGGAGAUUCCAAGAGAUUACCUGAAACUCUGCGUCCCAAAUCCGUUGAACACGGAAGAGAUAAUUUCCAAAGUUAUGGAUUCGGUUUCGAUGAUCUCACUGAUGAUUACAAAGUGGUGAAGCUUGUUGCAAGUAGUGACGAUUUUCUCGAUGCUAGUGUGUAUUCCUUGAAGGCAGACUCAUGGAGACGGAUCUGCAAUUUGAAUUAUGAGCACAACGAUGGCUUCUACACUUCUGGUGUGCAUUUCAAUGGUGCGAUUCACUGGGUGUUCACUGAGGGUAGCCAUGACCAAAGAGUGGUCGUAGCAUUUGAUCUUCAAACCGAGGAGUUUCGAGAGAUACCAUUGCCUGAUGAAGCUGAGGAUUGUCCACACAGAUUUAAAAACUUUGUGGUCGGAAGUCUCAACGGAUGUCUCUGUGUGAUCAAUAGUUGCUACGAGGUGCACGAUGACAUAUGGGUGAUGAAUGAGUACGGUGUAGCGAAAUCAUGGAGCAGAAUCCGAAUCAGCUUGUUGUAUAGGUCAAUGAAACCGCUGUGUUCAACUAAGAACGAUGAAGAAGUUCUUAUGGAGCUAGAUGGAGACAUGGUGUUGUACAACUUUGAGACCCAUGCAUCGAGUAAUCUUGGAAUCCGCGGGGUUAAGCUCAGUGACGGGUUCGAGGCCAAUACAUACGUAGAGAGCCUCAUAUCACCCAACUCUUAUGGUAUGUAGAGCUUAGGAAGUCUGGCUGGUUUCUCAAAGAUAGAAUAACCAAGUUACCAUUGUAACAUGUAUUAUUAAGAGAUCAAAACUAGUAAUACUGCGGAAGGACAAAUCUAAUUUAAUUGUAUUUAAAUCAGUACUUGUCGAGACGUACAUAUGUAAUGUUUGUUUGUUCAAAAUAACUUUCUCUAGAA